CCCUUUUUUAUUGAUUUUUGCUCUAUUUGUUUGUUUUUUGUUUUGUUUUUUUCUUCAUUGACUUUUUAUUUUAUUUUCGUCGGAUUUUAAAAAGCUUGCCUCGGCGACGUUACACACUUUUAAUUUACUCAAUCUCACAUGGUAAAUAUGGCUGGAAUUAAAACACAUAAAUACAAAGGUAGUAAAAAGUCAAAAAAAAGUUGGAGAAAACACACCGAUAUUGCUGAUGUAGAAGAACAUUUAGACAAUGUUAGACGAGAGGAGAGAACUGGUGGGUUGCUUGAGAACAAGAGUGACGAAAGUAUAUUUUUUCAUGAUAAAGUUAUAAAAGGAGUUCCAGAUAGAUCGGGUGUAAAAAAAAAAGUUGCAGAAAAUGAUGAAGAAGAAGAUGAUGAUGAAGAAACCUAUGUUUCUCAAAAAGAAAGACAAAAGCGAAAGCAAGAUAUAGAGGCAAAAAAAGAAGAAGAACAAGCAAAAAAGGAAAGAAACAAACAAAUUCAUUCAAUAUGGGGACAAGAAAAACUAACUGUAGUUGAUGCAUACAUUGAGCCAGCUAUCAAAAAAGCUAAAAUUAAACCUAAAACUGUUGGAAAAGGAAAAGCUGACAUAAAAGCUGUUCUUACACCUGAACCCGGUACCUCAUACAAUCCAGAUUAUGAUUCUCAUCAGAAUCUGCUCAAAAAAGCCUACGAUGCACAGAUGAAAAAGAUGAUUGAAGAACAAAAACUGAAUGACAAAGUGAAAAUGGUUUCUGUUGAUGAACUUAAAAAACAGACUAAACUAUGGUUAAAGGAAAUGUCUGAAGGUCUCAAUUUUCAUAAAUCAGAAGAUAAUGAUGAUCAUCUUGAUGAUUCUUCCAAUCAAGGUACAAUCAAAUUAUCAUCGAAGAAGCGUGUUAAAACUUCAAAAAUGCGUAAAAGAGAAAAACUUAAUAAAAUUGAGGAUAGAAAAAAAAUUGAAAUGAAAGUUGCAAAAGUUAUUAUGAAUGAUGUAUUCAGAAUCAAAACACUGAAAAAAGAAAUUAGAGAGGAAGAGAAAAAAAUAGCUGAAAGAAUGAAACAAAAAUCAGAAAAAAUGCUUCAAACAGCUACUCGCACUAAAAGAUUAAGCAAAUACAAGUUUGAAGAUCCAGAAAUUGCAUUUAACUUAAGUGAAGAACUUGCACCAACGCUUCGAGAAAUGAAGCCUGAUGGAAAUCUUCUGAUUGAUAAUUUUAAAAGUUUACAACGAAGGAAUAUAAUAGAACCGAGGAAACCUGUUGUACCGAAGCGAAGAAGCAAAAGAAAAAUUUACACGAAAAAGUCGUAUCUCACACCAACUAUAAAGGAUAUCAACCUCAACAAUUAAGAUAAAUGACAAAAAUUUGAUUCGCAAUUUGUUAAUUAUAUAUUUAAGCAUAUUUGCUUUAAAACAAGUCUGCUGAUUGAAUUAUUGUUGUUGCAGCUUUUACUUUGAACAAUCAACGUUUAUCACUUGGUUUUAGUCGAAGUAUUAUGUCAGGAUAAAUUGUUAUUACAUAAAACAUUUUAUUGAAUAUUGCAAGAUUUUGUAAUUUGUAUAAAAAAUAAUUGAAAAUACGAUUUACUCCUUUUA